GGGCCGCCGCUCCUGCCGUGCAUGUUGGGGAGCCAGUACACGCAGGUGGGCUCCACACGGAGAGGGGCGCUGACCCCGUGAUAGGGCUUUACCUGGUACAUCGGCAUGGCGCAACCAAAGCAAGAGGGGGGUGGCGCGUGCCAGACACCAACGGUCGGAAACCGCCAGAUACCAACGCUCAGAAUCCACUCCAGGCCACGACGGAGGGCAACCACCUCCCUUCUGACCCUGCUGCCGGCGUUCGGAAAAAACGCAGUCCGGUGUGCUCUGAUUGGUCCAGGCUCUUUGACGUCACUGACUCGACCUUUGACAGAGCCACUAGGCGAAAAGGAGAGACGGAAAGUAUUUUUUCCGCCCCGCCCGGAAAGGGUGGAGCACAACGUCGAAAGCAGCCGAUGGGAGCCCAGGAGUCGGGGCUCCUGUGGGAGCCGUGGAGGGAACUUUCCCAGUCCCCGAGGCGGAUCCGGUGUUGCAUCCUUGGAGCGAGCUGAGAGCUCGAGUACAGAACCUGCUAAGGCCAUCAAACCUAUUGAUCGGAAGUCAGUCCAUCAGAUUUGCUCUGGGCAGGUGGUACUGAGUCUAAGCACUGCGGUGAAGGAGUUAGUAGAAAACAGUCUGGAUGCUGGUGCCACUAAUAUUGAUCUAAAGCUUAAGGACUAUGGAGUGGAUCUCAUUGAAGUUUCAGGCAAUGGAUGUGGGGUAGAAGAAGAAAACUUCGAAGGCUUAACUCUGAAACAUCACACAUCUAAGAUUCAAGAGUUUGCCGACCUAACUCAGGUUGAAACUUUUGGCUUUCGGGGGGAAGCUCUGAGCUCACUUUGUGCACUGAGUGAUGUCACCAUUUCUACCUGCCACGUAUCGGCGGAGGUUGGGACUCGACUGGUGUUUGAUCACUAUGGGAAAAUCAUCCAGAAAACCCCCUACCCCCACCCCAGAGGGAUGACAGUCAGCGUGAAGCAGUUAUUUUCUACGCUACCUGUGCGCCAUAAAGAAUUUCAAAGGAAUAUUAAGAAGAAACAUGCCUGCUUCCCCUUCGCCUUCUGCCGUGAUUGUCAGUUUCCUGAGGCCUCCCCAGCCAUGCUUCCUGUACAGCCUGCAGAACUGACUCCUAGAAGUACCCCACCCCACCCCUGCUCCUUGGAGGACAACGUGAUCACUGUAUUCAGCUCUGUCAAGAAUGGUCCAGGUUCUUCUAGAUGAUCUGCACAAAUGGCUCCUCUCCUCCUUCCUGAUGUCUGCCAUUAGCAUUGGAAUAAAGUUUCUGCUGAAAAUCCACAUCUCCCCUGGGUCCGGUGUUCUGGAAGUGAGAGAGACAAUGUCACACCUCAAGGAGGCAGCUCUCUAGACAGGAAGGUUAUUCACGUCCCAUGUCAAGUCUAGCUAGAGUUCAGAGCAAUUGAGAAGUGCAAUUUUAUCUCCUGCCUUUCAUUCUAUACCCUGCUUCUGAACCAUCGUGUUCAACCGUGAAACUCACACUUUGGUGACCCUGACUCCAAAACUUAAUACACCCAAGGUCAGCCCCAGUGAUCUGCUUCAUAGCAAGGACUUUGGGUGGGUCUUCCCAGGGAGUAGGGCACCCUCAGAGAAUGUGGCUUUGGACUUCAUCACAGCUGGGGCCUUUUGGGUCACUUCAGAUCUAAACUUGUAACCGUGCUAGAUCUGUUUCUAAUGUGACAACAUCACGAACCACGAGUCCAGAAGCCUAAUCCAUAAUCCUCCCUCCUCAUGACGAAGUCUCAUGCUCUGUGCUCAACAUGGUUAGCUGCACAAGAUGUAAACCAAAGCUUCACUGAACCCUCGACCCAAAUCGGUAACUCAAGUGCAUCAAUCAUAAUGAACCUCCCCGAACUCAGUAUUUAUGAUUAUUUUUGAGGCAGGGUCUCACUCUGUCGCCCGGGCUGGAGUGCAGUGGCAGGAUCAGGGCUCCCUGCAGCCCCGACCUCCCAGGUUCCAGCGAUCCUCCUGCCUCAGCCUCCUGAGUAGUUGGGAGUAGAGAUGCCUCCCACAUCGCCUGGCUAAUUUUUGUAUUUUUGUGGAGAGGGGAUCUCGCCACGUUGCCCAGGCUUGAAGCCAGAUCAAGCAAUUGGGUUCCUUGGAUUUCCGAAAUAGACCCCAAUAUUCUGCCUUUACCCCGGAGGAUGCAGAUGUACCUUCUCUCAGGCCGAUGACCUCAGGCCUCCAUGGUCCCUGGAGCUCUAGGAAAGGUGGGCGCGAUCUCGCGCCCACACCCAGUGCUCUGGGUCAUAAGCCUGGAUCUGGAAAAACAAACACGCUUUGAGAAGACGGGGACUCCCCAGGAUACCCCUCUCUCCCCUCGUCCAGCCUCCAGCCCACCCGAUUCCUCCCCACAUCCUCCACCUCCCCAGGCCUCACCCACCUCCUCCAACUCCUCCGGGGAAACCCAAGCCCUGCAGCGCAUGGAACAGAAGAACUGGAACCGACGCUUCUGGAACAAGGCUAUCUGAGAGCAGUUCUUCCUGGCCCUCGGGUUCAUGAAACAGCAUAACUGGAACCAAUGCUUACGGAGGAAGGGUGUGUGAGAGUGGGUCUUCCCAUACAGGAAGUGGAAGAUGUUUUGUUUGGAGUCCUUGUCGUCCUCCUCCAUGUCAUUGGCCAGGUAGCUGAGGACAGAAAUCAGGUUGCUGCUCAGGGGCACCACCAGGAGAGGCCUCCGGCUGAGGUCAGCUUCCCAGAGAGGAAGGUAAGGGACCGUCCCUAGCUCAGGACUGGCACCCACCCUGCAGAGAGCCAUGCCUUCCUCAGGAGGGCUCUGCUGGACAGAGACCUGAUCAAGGGCGUCUCCCACUCCUUCAGGAUGGAGACAAAAACCCAACUGGUGACCGAGAGUGGUGGCUUAUGCCUGGAAUCCCAGCACACUGGGAGGCCGAAGCAGGAGGAUCACUUGAGGCCAGGAGUUUGAGACAGGCCUGGGCAACAUAGCAAGACCCUCGUCUCUAUUAAAAAUAUAAAAAAUACGCCAGACGCGGUGGCUCAUGCCUGUAAUCCCAGCGCUUUGGAAGGCUGAAGCAGGUGGAUUGCUUGAGACCAGGAGUUUGAGACCAGCCUGGUCAACACAGAGAAACCCCAUCUAUACUAAAAAUACAAAAAUCAGCCUGGUGCGGUGGCACACCCAUUAGUCCUAGCCACUCAAGAGGCUGAAGCAUAAGAAUUGUGUGAACCCUGCUGGAGUGCAGUGGCGUGAUCUCGGCUCGCUACAACCACCUCCCAGCCGCCUGCCUUGGCCCCCCAAAGUGCCGAGAUUGCAGCCUCUGCCCGGCCGCCACCCCAUCUGGGAAGUGAGGAGCGUCUCCGCCUGGCCGCCCAUCGUCUGGGAUGUGAGGAGCCCCUCUGCCUGGCUGCCCAGUCUGGAAAGUGAGGAGCGUCUCUGCCCAGCCACCAUCCCAUCUAGGAAGUGAGGAGCGCCUCUUCCCGGCCGCCAUCACAUCUGGGAAGUGAGGAGCGUCUCUGCCUGGCCACCCAUCGUCUGAGAUGAGGGGAGCACCUCUGCCCUGCUGCCCCGUCCGGGAUGUGAGGAGCGUCUCUGCCCCGCCGCCCCGUCUGAGAAGUGAGGAGACCCUCUGCCCGGCCGCCCCUACUGGGAAGUGAGGAGCCCCUCUGCCCGGCCAGCCGCCCUGUCCGGGAGGGAGGUGGGGGGGGUCAGCCCCUGCCCGGCCAGCCGCCCUGUCCGGGAGGGAGGUGGGGGGAUCAGCCCCCCCCGGCCAGCCGCCCUGUCCGGGAGGUGAGGGGCGCCUCUGCCCGGCCGCCCCUACUGGGAAGUGAGGAGCCCCUCUGCCCGGCCAGCCGCCCCGUCCGGGAGGGAGGUGGGGGGGGGUCAGCCCCUGCCCGGCCAGCCGCCCCGUCCGGGAGGGAGGUGGGGGGAUCAGCCCCCCGCCCGGCCAGCCGCCCUGUCCGGGAGGUGAGGGGCGCCUCUGCCCGGCCGCCCCUACUGGGAAGUGAGGAGCCCCUCUGCCCGGCCAGCCGCCCCAUCCGGGAGGGAGGUGGGGGGGGUCAGCCCCCCGCCCGGCCAGCCGCCCCGCCCGGAAGGGAGGUGGGGGGGUCAGCCCCCCGCCUGGCCAGCCGCCCCAUCUGGGAGGGAGGUGGGGGGGUUAGCCCCCCGCCCGGCCAGCCGCCCCGUCCGGGAGGUGACGGGUGCCUCUGCCCGGCCGCCCCUACUGGGAAGUGAGGAGCCCCUCUGCCCGGCCAGCCGCUCUGUCAGGGAGGGAGGUGGGGGGGUCAGCCCCCCGCCCAGCCAGCCACCCCGUCCGGGAGGGAGGUGGGGGGGUCAGCCCCCCGCCCGGCCAGCCACCCCGUCCGCGAGGGAGAUGGGGGGGUCAGCCCUCCGCCCGGCCAGCCGCCCCGUCCGGGAGGGAGGUGGGGGGGUUAGCCCCCCGCCUGGCCAGCCGCCCUGUCCGGGAGGUGAGGGGCGCCUCUGCCCGGCCACCCCUACUGGGAAGUGAGGAGCCCGUCUGCCCCGCCAGCCGCUCCGUCCGGGAGGGAGGUGGGGGGGUCAGCCCCCCGCCCGGCCAGCCACCCCGUCCGGGAGGGAGGUGGGGGGCUCAGCCCCCUGCCCGGCCAGCCGCCCCGCCCGGAAGGGAGGUGGGGGGGUCAGCCCCCCGCCCGGCCAGCCGCCCCGUCCGGGAGGGAGGUGGGGGGGUCGGCCCCCCGCCCGGCCAGCCGCCCCGUCCAGGAGGGAGGUGGGGGGGGGUCAGCCCCCCGCCCGGCCAGCCGCCCUGUCUGGGAGGUGAGGGGCGCCUCUGCCCGGCCACCCCUACUGGGAGGUGAGGAGCCCUUCUGCCCGGCCACCACCCCGUCUGGGAGGUGUACCCAACAGCUCAUUGAGAACGGGCCAUGAUGACAAUGGCGGUUUUGUGGAAUAGAAAGGGGGGAAAGGUGGGGAAAAGAUUGAGAAAUCAGAUGGUUGCCGUGUCUGUGUAGAAAGAGGUAGACAUGGGAGACUUUUCAUUUUGUUCUGUACUAAGAAAAAUUCUUCUGCCUUGGGAUCCUGUUGAUCUGUGACCUUACCCCCAACCCUGUGCUCUCUGAAACAUGUGCUGUAUCCACUCAGGGUUGAAUGGAUUAAGGGCGGUGCAAGAUGUGCUUUGUUAAACAAAUGCUUGAAGGCAGCAUGCUCCUUAAGAGUCAUCACCACUCCCUAAUCUCAAGUACCCAGGGACACAAAACUGCGGAAGGCCGCAGGGUCCUCUGCCUAGGAAAACCAGAGAACUUUGUUCACUUGUUUAUCUGCUGACCUUCCCUCCACUGUUGUCCUGUGACCCUGCCAAGUCCCCCUCUGCGAGAAACACCCAAGAAUGAUCAAUAAAAAAUAAAAAUUUAAAAUUAAAAAAAAAAAGAA